CGACCUUACAAUGUUAAUGUCCUUAAGUUUCCUUAGGUUUUUUGCUAAAUAGUUAUUAUAGUAUUGUCUUUUGUUAACAUAGCUUUUACACAUUUAAAGAAAACACUUUUUACCGGAUUGAAGCUAUGUAUUAUUAUAAACUUAUAAUUAAAUAGUUAGUAGUGCUGCUCGUAUGGGUUCACAGCUUGAUUAUAUAAAUGUCAAAAGUUGCCUCAGUAACUAAUGUACACAGCCUCCUUGAUUUGUGCUGACAAAAAUAGCCCAAUUUUUACUUUAAAAUAAAAAAGAACUCAAGAGAAAUUUAGCUUAACAAAAUUUUCACAUUCGAUUCAAAAUUUUGAUCAAAGGUAUCAUUUUCUAAACAUGUCUUAAACUCAAAUCAAUUCUUCUUGGGCAACAUUAUAGUAAAUGUUAUAUAUAAUUUAUGUCAAGUGUUUAGAUUUACCUAUGUCAAGUGGAAGGGACUAGCUACCUACGACAUAGGGAAUCCUAGUGUGCACUUUUUCAUUUUACUCUACAUACCAUUUUUCUUUCUUUCUAAAUUCAAUUGAAAAAAAAAUAUAAGAAAUCAGAAAAUCGCAUGUAUUUACUAAGGGGAUUUCUUUAGUACUAUAUUAUUGAAGCCGUUCAUCAUCAUCAGCCUCUGGUCCACAUCUGGACAUAGACCAUCUUCAAUUUCCUCCCGUACGCCCUGGACGGGUUUCUCUCCAUCCAUUGCCAACCUUCUUGACGAUAUCAUUAAUCCACCUAGUCGGUGGGCGGCCGCGCGAUCUUUUAUUCUGCCGAGGUCUGUCUAUUCAAGGAUGCUGCGGGUCCUGAAGAUUCUUUUGCAUGCACGCUGACAACCGCCGCUUAGAAACGAAUACGUUAAAAUAAUUUGAAAAUAUACACAUGUUAAAAAGUAGCGGCAUUGGCUAUAUCCCAUUACGUAUACUGCAACGUGUCAUUUGUCACCAAACUAUUACAGCUAAAACAACUUGGCAUUAUGAACUACUUAGAAACAGUAUUGAAUUUCAGCUUUUUAAGGUAUUCUUUGAGAAAGGAAACGGUGUCUUGGCAAAGCAAUACUUUGGAUAUGAAAAUCUUAGUGAUUUUCCGUCAAUAUGCCAUCGCGUUAAAAGAUUGUUAGAUAUUUGUUAUAAAUGUCAGUGAUUUGCGGUGUACAAAAACGAAAAAAAAAAACACUUACAAAAUUAAUCGAAACGUAAUAAAUAGUUUUUAUAAAAAUUUAUUUAAUAAAUUAUCUAAGGAGCCUGAUGCAGGUAUAAUUAAUGAGACCUAUUUUAAUUGAAAUUAAAAAUAUAAAUAAUUUAUAAAAAUCUUCUUCUUUUUCGACGUAGUAUAAAAAGCCAAGCAUUUCUGCUUGUUUAAAAAUAGUGAGGAAAAGAAAAAAGUAUUUGAUGAUUAAAAGGUUAUUUCACUUGGUGUUAAAUGUGGCUUAAAAGAAAACAGGACCACACAAGAUAUCACAGGAUACGGAAGGAAUGAUUUUAAUACUUUCUAGAUUAAAGUUUUUAAUACUGUUUAUGGACUUAAAGCUGGUAUAAUAAGAGAAAAUUUGUAAAUUAUAAUUUAAUAUAUAUGAAUUCUAAUGAUCGAAAAAAAAAUCCUUUGAUUCCGUAAUAUUCUUAGAUAUUAGUUACUUUUGCAUAACCCUUGUAAAUUGUGAUAAAUGCGAUUAAAAUAUUUUGGAUAUUUUACUGUUAAUGUAAAUCAAGUAUCAAAACUAUCAACGCUACAAUCCCGCCAAGGAAUUGUGGCGCUAAGCAGUUUACCGCGUGUGUUUUGUCGCGUAACAAUAAUAUACAUUAACUGUAGUGCUCGUUUUCAAAUAUUGUUUGUUUAGGAUAAAUUUAGAAUGUUAUGUUUAUUAAGAAUCAAGCUAAUCAAAAGAAUUUUUAAAUACCAAUUAGCUACCGAUAGUACAAAUAACUACCAAUUUUAAUUGUGUUUGCUAAUAAAAUUAACCGUAAUUACGUUUGUUUCUUUGAUGUUUGUAUUUAUUCACAAUAGAUACUUUUAUUUGUGACUACUUUUGUAUUAUAAACGGUGUUCCGUAUAACUACUGUUGUUUCACUUGAAAUGUAGAGUCAAGAGUAUGGUAUUAAUUAUACCAUUCCUGUUUUAAAGCUUCAUAUGCGUAAUUUCUGUAAUGUUCAAUGAAGUAAUAAAACGAAAAUAGGGUAAGAAAGAAUAUAUUCUAAUUUUAUUUUAAACUAUUACAAUGUACGUGUAUGUUGUAAUAAAAAUAUUUUUAAGUGAAUAAAAUUUCGUGCAAAAGUAAUAAAAGGGUCUCUCGUGUCAAAACAGGAAACUAAAAAUCGGUUGCGGUACAUAAUACAUAUUCUAAAGUAAACAAUAUAUCUAAGCAAUUUUAUCGGAACUACCACAAAUUUACCUAUAUACCAGCGGUAUUAUAAAUAAAACAUAUGUUUUUAUUUCUUUGAAACUUUCAAUCAACUAUAUUUAUGUAUUAGAACCUUACAUUAUUUGCAACCUGCCAUUCUGAUUGUGUUUCUUCUAUGGAUCACCAUGUUAUUGGUACCCGAUUUUUUUCUUCCUAUUGAAUUACUUUUGCAAACAUUAGUAGACCAGUAUCUCAAAACUUCUUACUGUACAACAGUUAUAACUGAAACGCCGUUGAAAAUUUUACCACAGAUUUCACAUCGCUAUAUCCUUUUGAAUCAGAGCCUUGGGGAUCUAAUACUGGAUGCAUCGGAGGCUGGUUGUUCAGACUUUAUCGUGCAAAUAAGUGAACCUAAAAGAUUUUUUUCCGCUUUGGAUUAUGCAAUACACCGCGGUCUUUUAAGGCGAAGUGACCGAAAGAUAAUUUUGUUACCAUCAAACAAUACUGAGGAUAAUUCGCUUCUAGAUGUGUUGAGAAUGAAAGAAAGUAGUUUUGUUGUCAAUCUUCUUCUGGUGCUGCCUUCUCCUUCGACUCAUUGCGAAACAUUCGAUUUGGUUACGCAUAAAUUUAUUGGUCCAGUUGAAAACGAUAUGCCUGUAUAUCUGGAUCGUUGGAAUUCUUGUUCGGCGUUUGAAAAACAUGCGAACCUAUUUCCUCAUGAUAUGUCUAAGUUGGAUGGUAAAAUUGUCAAAGUAACCUGUUUUACCUAUACACCGUACGUACUUUUGGAUUUGGAGGCUGAAAUAGUGCCCCUCGGCCGAGAUGGUGUUGAGAUCAGGUUAAUGGACGAGUUUUGUAGGUAAGGAGUUUGUUAAUACUCUAUAAGACGU